AUGAAGUUCGGCCACGACAUGCACCGCGUCGUCCGCGUGAGCGACGCGGAGUGGGCGCCCUACUUCAUGCAGUAUAAAUUGCUAAAGAAGUGCAUCAAACAGAUUAAGGCGGACCCGUCGUCGCCGCCCGUCGCGGAGUGUUGUGAACGAGGAGACUGCGAGAAGGCGACCAUGGCCAAGAGCGCGCCGGAGGUUGCGUUUUUUCGAGCCUUACGAUUCGAGCUCCAGAAGAGCGCGCAGUUCUUCCGCCAGGCCGAGCUGGUGUUGGAAGUAAGGCGCGAGCGCGUGCGCGAGGCGCUGCGGCAGCUGCAGGACGAGGACCGGCUGGGGCUGCUCGAGGACGCCCCAGAUAGGGCCCUGCGGGCGUGCGUGACGUAUUAUCGGGAUUUACUCUUGCUCGAGAACUACGCGAUCAUGAAUUAUUGCGGCUUUAGUAAAAUACUCAAGAAGCACGACAAGCAGACGGGCUUCACGACGCGGACGCAGUUCAUGCGCGUCUGCGUCGCGCCGCAGCCGUUCACGCGCUACCCGCGGCUCAUGGAGAUGAUCCGCGAGGCCGAGGACCUGUACCGGGACAUCGCGGCGGCGUCGGACCGGAUACGGGGCACGCGGUCCGUGGACCCGCCGCCCCUGUCGCCGUCCUCGUCGUCGCAGCAGCUGAGCACGCUCGGCGGCGUCGGCGCGGCCGAGACGGACGCGCUCGACGCCAUCCUGAACCUGCGCGAGGCGGCGUCGCGCAUCCGCGAGGGCGAGGAGGACCCCGACGCGGCCGCGGCCGCGGCCGCGCCGGCGGCGGCGGCGCCCUGCCCGGCCUUCGCCGGGCCCGCGGCCGACCUCGAGCGGCUCCACAAGACGACGAGCCCGCCGCCGAAGCGCGCGCGCACGUGA